CAGUUUCUGACGGCUAUCACCGAGUGAGUGAUUAAAAACAACAGCCCAUAGAAAAAGUUUUUGAGUAGUUUAAAAUUCGCUUUUAACAGAUGUUUUACUAAAUACGCACUAUUGUCGGCAAAAUGAAGUUCAUCGGUAUAUCGUUUGUGAGUUUCAGCUUAACGGCCGUAGUUCUCGCCAAUGCAUAUUAUCAGAAAAAGCAGUUCUACCCUUCGGUGGUUUAUAUCACCAAAUCUAAUCCUAGUAUGGCUGUCAUGUACAUACAAGCCUUUAUUGGGGUUUGGAUAUUGGGAAAGCUGAUGAGAAAAGUCUUUUUUGGACAGUUGCGAACUACGGAGUUUGAGCACCUGAUGGAACGCUCUUGGUAUGCGAUAACUGAAACCUGUCUAGCCUUCACAGUGUUUAGAGACGAUUUCACCCCAAAGUUUGUGGCGCUUUUCACCCUGCUACUGUUUCUCAAGUCUUUCCAUUGGCUAGCUGAAGACAGAGUGGACUUUAUGGAACGAAGUCCAAUGAUUGGCUGGCUGUUUCACAUCAGGGUCCUCAGCUUGCUGCUACUGUUGGGCGCUUUGGACUCCCACUUUAUAAUUCACGCUUUCCAUUCGACAAUUACCAAAGGAGCUUCAGUUCAAUUGGUGUUUGGAUUUGAAUACGCAGUGUUGAUCACUGUGGUUGUUAAUAUUGGUAUUAAGUAUGCCCUACAUUCAGUGGAUCUGCACAGUGAAACUCCUUGGGAUAACAAAGCGGUUUUCUUGCUCUACACAGAGCUAGUGAUGGGAUUUAUCAAAGUUAUCCUUUAUGUGGCUUUUGUUGCCAUUAUGGUGCGAAUUUAUACUUUGCCGUUGUUCGCGUUCAGGCCCAUGUACUACACGAUUAGGGACUUUAAGAAGGCAUUUAGCGAUGUGAUUUUGUCGAGGCGAGCCAUCCACAACAUGAACACUCUGUAUCCGGACGCUACUCCCGAAGAAUUGCUGGCCACUGAUAACGUUUGCAUUAUUUGCCGAGAAGAGAUGGCAACGGCCUGCAAAAAGCUGCCUUGCAACCAUAUUUUUCACACUUCGUGUCUUCGAUCCUGGUUUCAAAGGCAGCAAACUUGCCCAACAUGUCGUUUGAAUAUUCUACGCGCUCCGACACCGCCAACGAAUAAUAACGUUCAAGGGGCGCAGCCUCCAAAUGCGCCUCUGCCGCCCAACGGCCCCAAUCAGUUCUUCAAUAUGUUCGCCGCGCCGAAUCAGUUUUUCAAUAAUCAGGUUAAUCCGGGCGUAAAUGUGGGGGCUGUGCCACCGCCAAAUGCACAAGCGCCCGGAGCUGAACCAGCCCCAGCUUUUGGCCCUGGCCCGGCUCAACCUGGCGCAGUGCCGCCUCCUCCUCCGGCUGCUUUCGCCGCCCCAUUCGGCUUUCCAACGCAUGCAUUCCCCAUUCCAUUUCCCAUGCCUUUUAUGGCUCCUCCCCCUAUGCCGCCCACUAAUUUAGCCGCCCUUUCCGAGGAAGAGUUGAGGAACUUGGAGGGCCACGAGCGGCGGCACGUUGAGGCUCGCAUUCAGUGUUUGAGGAACAUUCAGACUCUGCUAGAUGCAGCUGUUCAAAUGAUGCAGCAAUACAGUGUUGCAUCUAGUGUUUCUUCGGUGGGGCGCGAACCUCCGGCUUCAGGCUCAGCUCCACCUGCUGGUAAUGGGGGUAGUAGUUCGGAUUCAGUGCCCAACAACCCUUCGGCUGCAGCCAAUGAAAAUGCAGGAGAGACACCUAGCGCCGAUCAACCGCCUGAAGAUUCAGCGAGUGGUGAGACUGCAUCAGUUCUCCCAGAAAAAAGUCCCAAGAGUAACAAUUCUGACUUGCUGAGUGAAGCGAGCUCUACGUCCGCGGAAGAGGAGAUCAGAAGAAGAAGGUUGCAGCGGUUUUUACUACAAGAGCAGGAGCAACAGCAGAAUUGAAUUUGUUAAAUAUAAGACUACGCACUAGUAUAAGUACAUGGGACUGGACUAAAUUGAUGGCAUUUUAUUCAGCGUCGAGAUUUUUAUUGUUUUAUUGUGCAAUGGGGGUCGUGGUUGGUGAGGUCAAGUGAAGGCAAGUUUAUGUUAUUUGUACUGUUUGUGAUAUUGGGGUUUAUCAACUGUUCAAAGGUGUCCAUUAUUUUUUCUUUUGUAAGGGGAAAAGUAUACAUGUAAAAGGUGCGAUUUUUGAUGUUCAAUGAACUGCUGCGGAUAUUUAUUACAUUCAAUUGUUUGGUUUCCAAAGUGCAUGUAUAUAUUACUAAUAAUUAUCAAGUGUUUUAUGAA